AUGUCAUUUCCAGUUUUGUUAAACGUCAACAAUCAAGUUGCCCAGCAUCAAUUCCGAUAUCGAUUCAGUCAACCGAUUGAUUUCAGUCAGUUUGAAAUCGCACUUGGCUCGAUCUCAAUUUAUUACAGCUGGAAGGCUAUCACUGCUCAACGCCAAAACAACUCAUUCAAAAUCAUUUGGCCAACAGCAGCAACAACAACUACGUACUCAAUCACCUUGCCAGAUGGUACAUACGCAGCAAGUGAUAUCAACAAGUACCUGCAGCAUUGGACGGCUUCCCAAAUGCCAGCCACUGCAUACACUCCUCGACUUCAGAUUGAUAACUCUGGAUUUGGAGCUAUCGUUGGGCUAUCCAAUGGUGUAUAUCCUGCUGCUCAAACUACGAGCGUUUACGCCAUCAAUAGCAACGUCACGCCUCCUGUCGCUGCUGUAAUUCUAGGGCUGCCAAGGUAUUGCAUAUUGUCCGAUGCAAGGAACCAAUAA